CGUUUUGCCUCUGAGUCUCAUUUGUCCCAGCUGCCGAUCCGUAGCGAACCAGUCGUUGACAGUCGCUGUUUCUGUUGUGGUACAAAUUAGCUUUUGAUUGUCGACGGCAACCUGCACAGCGCAUUCUGUCUUCGUCAGCCUGAAUAUUACAACGAUUCAAGGGUUUCAGCAGUAGAGAGGCUCGGUUCAGCUGCAGGAAGCGCAGUCCAGGUGACUCCAGGCAGACAGUAUGAGCUCCAAAGGAGGAGGCACUGCUCUGAACCGCCACAACUACCGACUGUCCUCAGACACAGACAAACCCAGAGCUACAGGUAUCGUGAAUGAGAAGCUGCUGAGUGACUACCUGCAUCAUGUGUUUCCUUCAACCAAACAGGGACCUGCAGUGGCCUCUCUCAGGAAGCCUCUUGGUUUCCAGGAUCUUGGUGCUCAUCUGGAGAGACUGCUGUCAGAAGGAGAACCCAGCGAGGACAGCAGAGAUCAGCUUGUUGAAGGGCGUCUGGGCCCUCAGCCCGUCGUCCUGGAUCACACCAGCGGCUUCGAAGGACUUCUGUUUGUGGACGAUGACCUGUUAGGGGUCAUCGGCCACAGUAACUUCAGCUCCAUUAGAGCCACCACAUGUGUUUAUAAAGGGAAAUGGGCGUAUGAGGUGCUGAUCUCCUCCCAGGGUCUGAUGCAGAUCGGGUGGUGUACUCUCAACUGUCGCUUCAACCAGGAGGAGGGUGUGGGUGACACUCCUGACUCUUACGCGUACGAUGGAAACCGAGUGAGAAAGUGGAAUGUGACUACCACUAACUAUGGAAAGUCAUGGGCUGCUGGAGACAUCGUCAGCUGUCUGAUAGACCUGGAUGAGGGAGCCAUCACCUUCUGUCUGAACGGCCAGUCUCUGGGCACAGCCUUCACUAACAUUAAGAUGGGUCCAGGCAUAGCUUACUUCCCUGCCAUCAGCCUCUCUUUUAAGGAGUCAGUGGCUUUCAACUUUGGCAGCAGACCCCUCAGGUAUCCAGUGGAGGGCUACCUGCCCCUCCAGGACCCCCCCACCACCGACCUGAUGAAGGCUCACAAACUGCUGGGCUACAUCAAGAACGUCCUUUCUACAGUCAUCGACGCCCAGGAGGAGCGGCUGCUGGAGAAAGACUGUGCAGUGUGGAGGCUUCAAGGAGAACCCACAGUGCUCAUCACUCUGGCUCACAUCUUCAACCACUUCGCUCCACUCAUGUGCAAAGUUUACCUGGUGGAAGAUGUGCUGAUGAACUUCUUAUUGGGGAUUCUGGAGGGAGGAGGGUCAGUCGAUGAACAUCCGCUCAUACAACAACUUCUGGAUCUCUUCUGGCUACUGAUGGAGGACCACGAAGUGAACGAGUGUCUGAAGCAGCUCAUGAUGUCCUUGCUGAGGGCUUAUCGCUUCUCUCCCAUCAUCCCCGACCUGGGCUUCCAGAUCCACUAUCUACGUCUGACCACAGCCAUCCUGCGUCAUGAGAAGUCCAGGAAGUACCUGCUCAGCAAUGUCCUGUUUGAUGUUCUGCGUUCAGUCGUGUUUUUUUACAUAAAGACUCCUCUGAGAGUGAAGGAGGCGGGGCUAGAGGAGCUCAUCCCGACCACCUGGUGGCCAACACACUUUGACAAGGAGGGUAAAGAUGAACGGGAGCCCAAAGAUGAAAGUGCAGAUGAACGACUGAGGCGCCGAGCCUACGAGAGGGGCUGUCAGAGGCUCAAAAAGAGGAUCGAAGUGGUAGAAGAGUUGCAGGUGCAGAUCCUGAGGUUGCUGCUCAAUAACAAAGACAAAACAACGGGCGAAGCCUCUCGCUACAUUUUCCUCAAUAAGUUCAGGAAGUUCCUCCAAGAAAAUGCCAGCAACAGAGGGCACCCUACGGCCCUGUGUCCUCCUGAGUACAUGGUGUGUUUCCUCCAUCGCCUCAUCAUGGCUGUGAGAGCGUGCUGGGAUGAAGACAACAGAAAGAGCCCCAGCAGCAUCAGCAGUGAAGACGCCUACGUCCCUCCCCAGCUCUUCUACAAUGGGAAGGUGGACUACUUUGACCUGCAGAGACUGGGGGGACUCCUCUCCCAUUUGAAGAAAACACUCAGAGACGACUUGGCCAGUAAAGCCAACAUCAUCAUCGACCCUGCAGAGAUCCAGGCCACAUCUAUGGAUGACCUGGACGAGGACGAGGAGAGCGGAGCUGCGCAGAGACCUUUUGGUGCAGCAGCGAUGGGUGGAGCUCUGGCAAGGCCUAGCUGGCUGAGUUCUCCCACUUUGGGUCGGGCCAACCGGUUUCUAAGCACAGCCGCCGUCAGCCUCAUGACCCCCAGACGCCCCCUCAUUCAGCCAGAGAAGGUGAAGGUCCGCACCCUCGCUGUGGAGCAGAGGACUGAGGACGACAUUGAGGGAAGCCACGGGAGCGAUGGCCUGCUGCUGGGGCGACCGCAGGAGGAGCCUGAUCAGCCGAUCACAGAGAAGUCCCUGUUGGAGAUAGUUGAUGGCAUCGUGAUGAUGUACAACCUGAGCGUCCAUCAGCAGCUGGGGAAGAUGGUGGUGGUUUCAGACGAUGUCCAUGAAUAUGCCGUGGCCCUGAAGGACACAGAGGAGAAGAUCGCCCGAUGCCCUGCCAGAAGACCAGACAUCCUGGAAGAGCUCCAGAAAAGCCAGAAGGUUUUUGCAGAGAAGCUGAACCACCUGAGCAGGAGACUGGCCUGGAUCAACGCCACCAUCUACUCCAAGGAGAAGAUGCUGGAUGUGUACUGGCUGCUGUGUGUUUGUAUUAGGACCAUCGAACAUGCUGACAACACCGGCUCCUUGUUCGCCUUUGCUCCGGAGUUCUACCUCUACGUAGCCAUGAAUGCAUACAGCGCCCUCAAGAACUACUUCAGCCCUGCAAACAGCAUGGAGGAGCUGCCAGGCUACGAAGAAACCUUGACUCACCUAGCUGCCAUCCUGGCCAAGCACUUUGCAGACCUUCGCAUUGUUGGGACAGAUAUCAAAGACUCGCUGAUGCAGGCCCUGGCCAGUUAUGUCUGUUACCCACAAUCCCUCAGGGCCGUGGAGAGGAUCCCAGAGGAACAACGAGUGGCCAUGAUGAGGAACCUGCUGGCUCCGUAUGAACAGAGACCCUGGGCUCAGACCAACUGGAUCCUGGUCCGACUGUGGAGGGGUUGUGGGUUUGGCUACAGAUACACUCGCCUGCCUCACCUCCUCAAAACCAAACCUGAGGAUGCCAACCUGCCAAGUCUACAGAAGCCUUGUCCAUCGCUGCUGCUACAGAAGCACAUGGCAGAGCUGCUGAGUAUGGACAAAGACAUGGCCGCCUCUUUCCUCAACAGUGUCCUGAACCAGCUCAACUGGGCUUUCUCUGAGUUCAUCGGCAUGAUUCAGGAGAUCCAGCAGGCUGCCGAGCGACCAGAGAGAAACUUUGUGGACACUCGUCAGCUGAAGGUGUGCGCGACCUGCUUCGACCUGUCAGUCAGCCUGCUGCGGGUGCUGGAGAUGACGGUCACUCUGGUACCUGAGAUCUUCCUGGACUGGUCCCGUCCCUCUGCAGAGCUGCUGCUCAGACGGCUCGCUCAGAAGGAUGCCUUCAUAAUGAGCUUCCAGUGUCUGGAAAGCGUCGACCACUACCCCAUCCUGGUGGCUGUCACAGGCAUCCUGGUGCGAAUCCUGUUGGAUGGAGACAGACAGGGGUAA